GCUUCGGAGAUAAAGCAUCAUAGAUCCCCGGACAAUCUGUUCCUACUCCAGACCCUCAAGCGUUCAGGAUCGAUUACCUUUCAGCAAGGAACCAGUAACAUCCAUUUAACUCCAAAGUCUCAGUCAAGUAUGGCCUCCUUCCUCAUUACCGGCGCUUCAAGAGGUCUUGGACUCGCCUUCGUCAAGGAACUCGCCUCUCGCAAGUCCUCCGAAGUCAGCAACAUCUUUGCUGGCGCUCGCAGCAACGUCCCUGCCCUGCAGGAGCAUUCCAAGACCGACCCCCGUGUCCAAUUUGUCAAGCUCGAUGUCACCAACCCGGAUUCCGUCAAGGAAGCGGCUGCCCAAGUCGAGAAGAAGCUGGAGGGCAAGGGACUCGAUGUGUUGAUCAACAACGCAGCCGUCUGCCACUACGACAUGCAGAAAAUGAGCAACCCGACGCUGGAGAAGGAUAUCAUGAGGGAGAUGACCGGCCUGGAGGAAGAAUUCCAAGUCAACGUCUUGGGCGUCCAGUACACCACUCGUGAGUUCCUUCCUCUGGUGGAGAAGUCCGAGCUGAAGAAGGUUGUCAACAUUACCAGCACCUUCGGGUCAAUCUCCUCCGCUUCCGACCCAGCUAUUGCGUGGUCGCCUUGCCCGGCCUACAAGAUCACAAAGGCGGCUUUGAACGCUCUGACUGUCCAGUAUGCGCUGGAGUAUCAGAACAAGGGCUUUUCCUUCAUUGCUCUCUGCCCAGGGUGGCUUAAGACAGAUCUCGGCAGCCAGAUGGCUGAUCUGACAACCGAGGAGGGUGCCAAAGCCUCGUUGGACAUUAUCCUGACACCUGGACAGGUGUACAACGGGAAGUUCCCCAUGAUCAAGGUCAAGGGCUGGGAGACCCAGGAGGAGGCUGCGUCCCAUGGCGGAUACGCUGGAAAGAACGUGUACGAUGGCCGUAACAUUCCCUGGUAAAGGAGAGUUGGGGAAUAUGGAUCCUGUUAAUAAACGUCAGCCAGCCAAUCAGAUUACCUGAAGUUGUAAUGCUCAUCUUUAUACCAAGCAAUACC